UUGGAAGAGUGCCGAGAGCGGUUGAUGUUAUGAGGCGGCCGAGCGUCACUGCCGCCACGCGCUUUGUUGUGGCCAUAACACACUGUGGAAAUUAGAGGUUCUCUCUUUUGUUUAUCAUUCUCCGUGCGCACAUGAGCGGCGGCGGCGGCGGCUUUCUUUCAAGAAUAUCAAAUGCUCUGAUAAUCAGAUUUGUAAUCCAGUGAAUGUGAAAAGUGCGUAGAUAAUGCAUCUGAUGCGAGGGAUUCCGACAGUAGUCUUGGAGUCUGGGUGUGGUGUAACCUUCAAUAAUUCCGUGCGGUAGUGACUUCGGGUCUGGGUGGUGAUGGGCCUCACUGAAAGCAAUCACAGCAAGGCUACUACAGGUUGCACUGGGCCGAGCAAAUCUCGCAGUACCCCACAUUUCCCAGACAGUCGUGGGUAUCAGAAUCGUCCUCGUCAGGCAGCAACUCUGCCUGCGAGACGUACCCCAGAAAGUUCCCAGACCCCUCCCUAUCACCACCCAAGAACACCCAUGGAUGACCCACAGCCCCUAGGGCACGACCCACGUCCCCCUGAAGCAGAUCCUGCCUACAGGGGUUGUUUUGUGCAGGUUGGUCGUAACCCGAGUGUCCGUCCCGUUGCAACUCGUCGAUCCGCCUCUGCGGAUAGUAGGAAGAGGAGAUCCGAUCCUCUUCUCGAUGCUAAGACUUUAAAACAGCUGCCAGAAAUUGUACCAUUUCAGCAGCCGGCUCCACAGGUGUCUUAUUCUCAUUUGAAAUCCUCUCCACCAAUGAGCCCUAGAGGAAGUUAUCAGCGACCCAGGCCCACUGCCAUCUAUGUUGCAGAUGAUCAUCCUGCUCCCUUGGGAAGAACACGAGAAGGGCGUUCGCGAGACAGGAGUGGUGUAAAAGGUAAAUCCCGUAGUGUCCAAAAGGCAGAGAAGAGAGAUAGAAGCAGAGGUUCUGGUGAAAGAGGAAAACAUCCUACUCAUGUCUCUACCUACACAAUGAUUCCACACUGCCCUGAGGAUUCCCUUCCUCAAGCAGGUAAUGAGGUUCAUCCGCACUCUCAUCCGAGACACAGGAGGGCUCGUCACAAGUCUGGAGAGAGACGCGAGGUUCCUGCAGAAGAUAACCUGCAGGGCGAUCCUUAUGUCUGCCUCCAUUAUGGAGGUGCCACGAAGGAUGGCCAGAAAAAGGCGAUCCAGCAAGUCACUGCCUGGAGAUCAAAGCACCAGGGAGUGGAGGAACCUCCAAGCCCAAAUCAUCAGAUGUCUCAGGUUGUGAUCCACAUGGAUCAAGUGACAGCCACGACAUUGGACAACUAUGAUGCAUUGAAUGCUAACAUUGAAAGUAUUCAGGUUAGAAGAAAUGUAUGGUUUCAAACAGUGGGUAAUGUAAGUGAGCCUCCAGUAAUUAGAAAAAUAGCAAGCAAAGCCAUGAGAACUCCUGUAAGUGAAUCAGCUAAAUGGUACAGUGACAGUGAAAUGAUUCAUUGGCCGGAUGUAACAAACAAGGUUUCAUCAAUUUACAUGAUGCCUGAGAUGCAAGUUGCCAAUGCUUUACCACCAAGAGAAAAACCAGAAAUAGUUUACCAUAAAUUAGAAAUGUCUUCGUCAUGUCAGGGUUGUGAUCAUGGAGUUUGUGGAAUGUCUGUUCAGCAUCAUACUAAUGGUCAUUUGAAAGAUUGCCCACAAUCUUUGCCUUAUCAGGCUUCAGAUAGAAAGGGAAGAGAAACUAUACGUUUAGGUUUUGAAGAUGAAGAAGGUCAUGAGAAAGUUAUGAGAAAUCUGGAUUACUCUAAAUAUUAUGAUGGAACUGUAGAGUCACUCAGUGGAGCUUGUGAAAGAAGAAAAAACAAGAGUUGGAUCACUCCAGACCACAUUGAAAUUCAGCCUCCGUUACAGUUUGCAGAAGAAAGCUACGUUCAGGCUUCUGCUAAUGGUGACACAAAUCAGUUAUUUUUGGACAUCGGAAAAGAAAAUGAAAAGAAAAAGGAUCAAAUGGAAUUGCAUUUUGGCAUCAAUAACCAUGUUGAGGAUUACACAAUAAUAGAAGAUUCGUCUAAUGAAGGUCCGUUCUAUGGGUGCAGGGAUAGUGAUCUUGAAAAUGGUGACUCACCGUCUGCUGCUUCAUGUGAGGCUCUCUUAUCUGAUAUUGGGCAUCACACUUACCAAGCUAGCCUUGAUAACCCAUUGGAAUGCGAGCUUACUCUAGAUAAUGAACAUCAAAAUGAUAAAAGUGAUAAACAAUCUACUACAGAGAACACGAGCGAAGUGAAAGAUAAUUCAUUGUCUGCUUUGAGAGAUACGGAGUUAUUACUUGGAAGUUCUUCAGUGGAGGAAAAUGUCUUAGAAAAUUCAGACAUGCCAAAUCAGACUGUAAGUGAAAUAGAUUUUGAAGACUUUUAUAAGGAACAGUUAUCAUUGGUGUCCGAGUAUUUGUCACUGAGAGACUCUUGUACUUUGAAAAUGGAAGAGAAGAACAGUGAUAUAUAUGAAAAGGUUCUUGAACCCCCAGAAGGUUCAUACCCAGCCAGUACAGUGCCAGGAAGCCCCAGUGCAUCAGCCUUUAGCCAAAAGUGCCUCUUUCAGUCCACCUCAUUGCCCAGACAUCUCCAGAGUGUCAAUGGAAGUGCUUCUGGUGAUAGCCUAGACAAAAGAAAAGCCUUCAGGAACAAAUUUGGGAGUUUUGAUUUAGGACAUUUCCCCGUUCUACGAUUGCCCCUCGGAAAUCAACCAAGGCUAGUUGACGUUCUUCGGGCAACAGCAGCUCAUUCACAGGAAAGUUGCCCUUCUCUCAGUGAAACAAAUAAUGUAGCUAGUUGUAAUUCUGGUCAUUCUACCGAAGCUAGAUCUUGUAGUGAUCCCUCGUCGACUGGAAUUCCAGAUCCCUCAGUGUCUUAUCCGGAUUCUCUCUCUUCCCAGUGGGAUGAGGUCUCAAUAGACUCAGGUCCAAGGAGUGCCCCGUCUGCAGACUGCAAUUGCAGUGUCAGCAUAGGAACAGAAUCAUGUCUUGAGGUUGAAUGCUUGCCGUAUGCUGACGAAGACAGCCAAGAAGAAGAAGAAUGUCUGUCCGAUGGUGGUUGUGAUAUGGGAACCAUUAUGAGAGGAGUUAUUCCAGGUGUAACGGAUGCAAAGAACUCUUUUGUCGUUCCCAGUGGUUCUCUCUCUAGCCAUGACGGUACAGCCUUACCCAUCCACGAUCGUCGUUCUGCCAGCACUAGUGAUGACAGUAGUAUUUGUCAGUCGGAUCAUGGGUUAACUGAGAUCAAUUCUGAAGCCAGUAACACUUGGCAGUCAGAUGGAGGUCGCCAUGUGGGGUCACACAGGAGGUCAAACAACGUUGAUGUUGAUUAUCCUGGUAGCAAGACCUUACAACAACACCCAAAGGCCAAAGCCUCUUCAUCCAGCAAACGUAGGACCCACAGUGACUGUUCUCUUCAUCAGCGUCCAUCAUCGGAUCAGCUGAAGGCAGCAGUGCCGGGCAUCGUGCCCCGAUUUCGUAAGAAUGUGCGACGGAAGCCAACCAACCGGAAGAGUCUCCAUUCUAUCGACUGGGACACGCCGUUGCCGCCUGUCCCCGCUAAUGCUGACUCCGACUGCAGCUACAUGUGUCACGAACAGUGUCAAGAUCUGGUGACCUUAGAUUGCAAGACUGAUCUGACCCCUGACUCGCACACCAGCGAAGAGGACUUGUACGAAGACACUGACCAGGGAACUCUAGUCAAACACGAACAUCUCUCCAACCAGAAUCUAAGCAUUACCGUGACGUCACAAGAGGAGGAGGAGGAGGAGGAAGAGGAGACAGCAGAGGAGGACUCUUACGAGGAGCAGGAAGAGAAACAUGAGGAAGAACAACAGGAAAAGGAACUGCUUGAGGAACCUUACAAGAAACAUGAGGAAGUUUCCACCUUAAGGAAGAGUGUUAACCGAUUGCAGUCACACCUGGUAGAUAAUGAAACCUUGGAAGCAUGGGUAGAGAAGUAUAAUGCCACAACUCAGGGAUUACAAAUAGCUAAGGAAAAUGACGGAAGUUAUCGUGGUUGCAUAAGGGUUCACUUGAAUCUCAGCCGUCCCAUAAAUAUAGUAGCAGGGACAAGGCCUCCAUCUAUUUAUGACAUACUUCAAGAAGACAGGACAAUGGAAAAAACCUUAACUUCAUUUUACAUGCCAAGAGAUGCUGUAAAAGCAAUUCAUAUUACAAGCAAAACCACAACAAGAGAGGUGAUAAUUGCUCUUCUUAGAAAGUUCAAGGUUGUUGACAACCCUCAGAAGUUUGCGCUUUACGAGCGAACAUAUGAUACAGGUCAACCAGGCAAAGCUAAACUUCGAAGACUGGGCGAUUCAGAGUGUCCUCUUGUAUUGGCAAUUAACUGGAGUGCACAAGGACUAACUAAUAAAAGAUUAGUCCUUCAAGAGAAUGAUACAGCUGAUAUUCAGUGGGAAGCUUUCAGUUUGCCAGAAUUGAGCAACUUUUUACGUAUUUUGGAUCGUGAGGAGGAGGAGUAUCGUUGUCAAAUCAAGGACAAAUACGCUCUGCUUCGUAGAAGAAUAGGCAAUAUGUUAAUCCAGAGUUCACCAGAGUAGAUCAUGAAAUUUGCUCUGAUAUGGUCACAUUGUCGUUCACAUAAAACAGGAAUGGUCAAGUUAACUGCAAAGCCAGCAAUAUAUUGCGUGACAAAAUACUAUAUCUACUUUGCUUCAGAGAGGAAAAUUCAGCGCAUUUUUAUUUACUGUAAACGUUGGCAUUUAAAUUCAGUUUACCUUAACCAAAGAGUAUGCUUUACCUGUAAAGGCUUCAGUACUGAUUGUCAUUUACACAACUUUGGUUUGUUAGAUAAGUUUAACAGCAAAUUAGCACAUCUAUAAUGAAAAGCAUAAAUUAAUAUUUAAGCAAAAGUGAUUGAUAAACAUUGUACAAGUACUGCUUUGCAGUGUGAUGAUAAGUGUCAUAAUUAAAAGUGUAAGUGUACAUAGUACAGUACCUUCAUCGAAAUGGUUAUGCAUUUUAUUUAGUUUUGUAAGGAAACUGCUGAAAGAAACCCAAGAACAUCAAAAUAUUACGGUUGUGCCACUUAUAUUGAUGAAAUAGAUUUUUCACGGUAUGGAAAAGUUAAAGCUUCAUAUCAACUAAAGUUAGACCAAUACAUUUUUCAAUAUUUAUUUUAAUGUAGGAAAAUGCCUAUUAUUUAUGUAUUGUAGGGACCAAUGCCAUCAGUCAGAUAUGGAUUGUGAGAUGUGAUGAUGAUGAUGAUACUGCCUCACUCAUUUGAAAUCAUUUAUCACAAUGUAAUGAAUAUGUUUUGUUAUAGCUUGUUAUUUCUUUGUUGUCAUACUGUAUAAAAAGUACUGUACUGUUUAUUUCUUCUGGAAUUAUUUGGAUAUUUAUUGUCAGUAUAAAAUACCAAAUGUGAAAAAGAGAAAACUCAGUGGAAUUGACUGAAAUAUGGACAGCACACACUAUUAUCAGUUUUAGGAAUCUUGUAUAGAAAGUCAUUUAAAACAUAGCGUCAAUUACCCUUUAAAAUGAAAUAUAUGAAGAAGUAGAGCACUGAAAAUUUUAAUACAGCAAUGAACUGUCCUCAUAAUGAGACACAACUUGAUAUAGUUCUUAUAGAUAGAUAGGUACUAUUUAAUGCAAAGUGAAUACUAGUCAAAAGUGGUCUUUUAGCCAUAAUGAGGGAAUCUUUUGGUUAGAAGUUGAUAUUACUGGUGAUACCUUAUGAUGUACCUCCUCUGGCGGUAUUCUAAUUUUAAAGUCUGUUUGCCUAGCACUCUAAAAUACUUCCUGUAAACAAAGUCGUAAAUCACUCAAAGUUAGACACUUUAAGAAUCCCAGUUUCAGGAAAUUCUAACUUGACAACUUAAACCAGAAUCUGUAAUAUUACAGGUUAAAUCUUAAUUUUUUUUUUUCUGAAAACCCUAAGGUACCAUGUACAGAUGCUGAGAUGUAAUGACUAUUUUGUAAUCAAAUAUAAGAAGACAGUAUUUACAUUUCUUUGUU